UGCUUUAAAAGCAUCCUUGCAUUAUCAGAUAGAAAUCAGUAACAAAGUUACAUUCGAACGAAAACGAUGGCAACUUCUAAAUUAAUCGGAUUCUUUAUCCUGCUAGUGUUUGGCGCAUUAGCAACAGGAUCACCCAUAAGCCCAGUCAGCAUUGCAGUUUCUGAUUCCUCUAUACCACCAACAGAACCAAAAUCGGUAUCAAUAUCAGUUGAACCAGUUCUAUCAGUACCGGAACCAGAAUUCAUAAUAAAAUCUGAUCCCAUAACAGAGGGGCCUGCAGUUGCUGCCGCUCCACUAGAUUUCGCAUUAUCUGCAAUAGAUGAUGUAGCAACUUUAAUAGAUCCAGUUCCAUUAGUGGAUGUAGCAGUUCCAACAAAACCAGCAGUUCCAGUAGACGUUGCUGCGCCCAGUGACAUAACACUUCAAGUUGAUAUCGCAGCAGCAGAUACCGCAGUCGUUCCAACAGAUGUAGCCGCCUCAGCAGAUCCUGCAGUGGCAGUUGAUCCUGCAGUAUCAGUAGAUCCUGCAGUGGCAGUUGAUCCUGCAGUAUCAGUAGAUCCUGCAGUGUCAGCAGAUCCUGCCGUAUCAGUAGAUCCUGCCAUUCAAUCAAAUACUGAUACUGCAAUUGCAGUAGAAGCAUUGGUUCCAGCAGAUGACAUAGUACUUGUAGAUCCAGUACCUCAAGUUGAUGCUGGUGUCCCAGUAGACACAACGGUACAAGAUAAUAUUGCAAUUUCAGUGGAUGUAGCAGCUACUGCCGAAUCAACCAUUCCUACAGAAAUAGCGUCCCCGACUGACGCGGUAGCCCAAGAUGACAUUGUAAUUCCAGUUGAUGUUAUACUUUCUGCAGAUACCUCAGCAACAGCUGAUCCUGCAUCUGCUUCAGGAGAUCCUACACUUGCUGCCGUUGAACCAGCUGCCGCUCCUGCAGAUCCAGCAGCUACUCCAAUAGAUCCUACUGCCUCUGUGGAUGCCGUAGUCUCCUCAGUUGACCCUGCGCUCGCCUCAGUUGAUUCGACAGCUGCUUCUACAAGCUCCUCAGCUUCAGUUAACAUAACAACAUCAGACGAUGGUACAGCUCUAGUAGAUUCUACAGUCGCUGUUGAUCCUUCAGUUGCUCCAGGUGACCCACUAGCUGCUUCAGCUGAUCCAGCAGCAGCUCCAGUAGAUGCUCCCGCCGCUACUGAUCCUGCAGCUGCUCCUGUUGAUCCUGUAACUGGUCCAGUUGAUCCUCCACUCGCUCCAAUUGAUCCUGCACUCGCUCCAGUUGAUCCUGCACUCGCUCCAGUUGAUUCGACAGCUGCUUCUCCAAGCUCCUCAGCUCCAGUUGACACAGCCGCUGUUGAUCCUUCAGUUGCACCGAUUGACCCAGUAGCUGCUCCAGCUGAUCCAGCUGCAGCUCCAGUUGAUUUAACAGCUGCUUCUCCAACCUCCUCAGCUCCAGUUGACACAACAACAUCAGACGAUACGGCAGCUCCAGUAGAUCCGACAGCCGCUGUUGAUCCUUCAAUUGCACCGGUUGACCAAAUACCUGCUCCAGCUGAUCCAGCACCGGUACCAGCAGGAGCUCCAGUAGAUGCUACCGCCUCUGCUGAUCCUGCAGCUGCUCCUGCUGACCCUGUAACUGGUCCAGUUGAUCCUCCACUUGCUCCAGUUGAUCCUGCACUCGCUCCUGUUGAUCCUGCACUCGCUCCAGUUGAUUCAACAUCUGCAUCUCCAAGCUCCUCAGCUCCAGUUGACACAACAACAUCAGACGAUGCUGCAGCUCCAGUAGAUCCUACAGCCGCUGUUGAUCCUUCAGUUGCACCGGUUGACCCAGUAGCUGCUCCAGCUGAUCCAGCAGCAGCCCCGGCAGGAACUCCAGUAGAUGCUCCCGCCGCUACUGAUCCUGCAGCUGCUCCUGUUGAUCCUAUUUCAGGUCCAGUUGACCCUGCACUCGCUCCAGUUGAUUCAACAGCUGCUUCUCCAAGCUCCUCAGCUCUAGUUGACACAACAACAUCAGACGAUGCUUCAGCUCCAGUGGAUCCUACAGCCGCUGUUGAUCCUUCAGUUGCACCGGUUGACCCACUAGCUGCUCCAGCUGAUCCAGCAGCAGCUCCAGUAGAUGCUCCCGCCGCUACUGAUCCUGCAGCUGCUCCUGUUGAUCCUGUAACUGGUCCAGUUGACCCUGCGCUAGCUCCAGUUGAUUCAACAGUUGCUUCUCCAACCUCCUCAGCUCCAGUUGACACAACAACAUCAGACGAUGCUGCAGCUCCAGUAGAUCCUACAGCCGCGGUUGAUCCUUCAGUUGCACCGGUUGACCCACUAGCUGCUCCAGCUGAUCCAGCAGCAGCCCCAGCAGGAGCUCCAGUAGAUGUUCCCGCCGCUACUGACCCUACAGCUGCUCCUGUUGAUCCUAUUUCAGGUCCAGUUGACCCUGCACUCGCUCCAGUUGAUUCAACAGCUGCUUCUCCAAGCUCCUCAGCUCCAGUUGACGCAACAACAUCAGACGAUGCUGCAGCUCCAGUAGAUCCUACAGCAGCUGUUGAUCCUUCAGUUGCACCGGUUGACCCACUAGCUGCUUCAGCUGAUCCAGCAGCAGCCCCAGCAGGAGCUCCAGUAGAUGCUCCCGCCGCUACUGAUCCCGCAGCUGCUCCUAUUGAUCCUGCACUCGCUCCAGUUGAUCCUGCACUCGCCCCAGUUGAUUCGACAGCUGCUUCUCCAAGCUCCUCAGCUCCAGUUGACACAACAACAUCAGACGAUGCGGCAGCUCCAGUAGAUCCCACAGCCGCUGUUGAUCCUUCAGUUGCACCGGUUGACCCACUAGCUGCUCCAGCUGAUCCAGCAGCAGCCCCAGCAGGAGCUCCAGUAGAUGCUCCCGCCGCUACUGAUCCUGCAGCUGCUCCUGUUGAUCCUGUAACUGGUCCAGUUGACCCUGCGCUAGCUCCAGUUGAUUCGACAGCUGCUUCUCCAACCUCCUCAGCUCCAGUUGACACAACAACAUCAGGCGAUGCUGCAGCUCCAGUAGAUCCUACAGCCGCGGUUGAUCCUGCAGUUACACCGGUUGACCCAGCAGCUGCUCCAGCUGAUCCAGCAGCAGCCCCAGCAGGAGCUCCAGUAGAUGCUCCCGCCGCUACUGAUCCUGCAGCUGCUCCUGUUGAUCCUGUAACUGGUCCAGUUGACCCUGCACUCGCUCCAGUUGAUUCGACAGCUGCUUCUCCAACCUCCUCAGCUCCAGUUGACACAACAACAUCAGGCGAUGCUGCAGCUCCAGUAGAUCCUACAGCCGCGGUUGAUCCUGCAGUUACACCGGUUGACCCAGCAGCUGCUCCAGCUGAUCCAGCAGCAGCCCCAGCAGGAGCUCCAGUAGAUGCUCCCGCCGCUACUGACCCUGCAGCUGCUCCUGUUGAUCCUAUUUCAGGUCCAGUUGACCCUGCACUCGCUCCAGUUGAUUCAACAGCUGCUUCUCCAAGCUCCUCAGCUCCAGUUGACACAACAACAUCAGACGAUGCUGCAGCUCCAGUAGAUCCCACAGCCGCUGUUGAUCCUUCAGUUGCACCGGUUGACCCAGUAGCUGCUCCAGCUGAUCCAGCAGCAGCCCCAGCAGGAGCUCCAGUAGAUGCUCCCGCCGCUACUGACCCUGCAGCUGCUCCUGUUGAUCCUGUAACUGGUCCAGUUGACCCUGCACUCGCUCCAGUUGAUUCGACAACAUCAGAUGAUGCGGCAGCUCCAGUAGAUCCCACAGCCGCUGUUGAUCCUUCAGUUGCACCGGUUGACCCAGUAGCUGCUCCAGCUGAUCCAGCAGCAACUCCAGUAGGAGCUCCAGUAGAUGCUCCCGCCGCUACUGACCCUGCAGCUGCUCCUGUUGAUCCUGUAACUGGUCCAGUUGACCCUGCACUCGCUCCAGUUGAUUCGACAACAUCAGAUGAUGCGGCAGCUCCAGUAGAUCCCACAGCCGCUGUUGAUCCUUCAGUUGGACCGGUUGACUCAGCAGCUGCUUCAGCUGAUCCAGCUGCAGCUCCAGUUGAUUCAACAGCUGCUUCUCCAAGCUCCUCAGCUCCAGUUGACACAACAACAUCAGACGAUACGGCAGCUCCAGUAGAUCCCACAGCCGCUGUUGAUCCUUCAGUUGCACCGGUUGACCCAGUAGCUGCUCCAGCUGAUCCAGCAGCAGCUCCAGUAGGAGCUCCAGUAGAUGUUCCCGCCGCUACUGACCCUGCAGCUGCUCCUGUUGAUCCUAUUUCAGGUCCAGUUGACCCUGCACUUGCUCCAGUUGAUUCAACAGCUGCAUCUCCAAGCUCCUCAGCUCCAGUUGACACAACAACAUCAGACGAUGCUGCAGCUCCAGUAGAUCCCACAGCCGCUGUUGAUCCUUCAGUUGCACCGGUUGACCCAGUAGCUGCUCCAGCUGAUCCAGCAGCAGCUCCAGUAGGAGCUCCAGUAGAUGUUCCCGCCGCUACUGACCCUGCAGCUGCUCCUGUUGAUCCUAUUUCAGGUCCAGUUGACCCUGCACUUGCUCCAGUUGAUUCAACAGCUGGAUCUCCAAGCUCCUCAGCUCCAGUUGACACAACAACAUCAGAGGAUGCUGCAGCUCCAGUAGAUCCCACAGCCGCUGUUGAUCCUUCAGUUGCACCGGUUGACCCACUAGCUGCUCCAGCUGGUCCAGCAGCAGCUCCAGUAGGAGCUCCAGUAGAUGCUGCCGCCGCUACUGAUCCUGCAGCUGCUCCUGUUGAUCCUGUUUCAGGUCCAGUUGACCCUGCGCUAGCUCCAGUUGAUUCGACAGCAUCUUCUCCAACCUCCUCAGCUCCAGUUGACACAACAACAUCAGACGAUACAGCAGCUCCAGUAGAUCCCACAGCCGCUGUUGAUCCUUCAGUUGCACCGGUUGACCCAGUAGCUGCUCCUACAGAUCCAGCUACCGCCUCAGCAGAUCCUACGGUUGCUACAGUGCCUGUUGCAACAGAUCCAGCGGCUGCUCCAGCAGAUCCUACAUCCACUGUUGAUGACUCAGCUGCUGCAGUCAAUCCUGUUUCAGGUCCAGUUGACUCUGCACUCGCUCCAGUGGAUUCGACAGCUGCUUCAUCAGAUGACUCCGCUGUGCCCGCAAACGUUGCUGCUUCAGCUGCAAUUGAUCCAGCAACUACUGGUGCUCCAGUUCCACCGAACUCAGUUUUUAGUUAUCCAGGUGGUUCACGUGUACCAGCAGAUAUAGCACUUUCAAUUCUUGCAGCGGCCGCACUUAAACCUAUAUUUGCUGCCAGACCACCACCAUCAGGUUCAUCUGGAUUUUAUGGUAGACCAAAUCGUCCAAAUACUGCAUUUUCCUAUCCGGUUCCAAGCAGACCGAUUGUAUUAGGAAAUUCCAAUAAACCAAGACUACCUUAUUCAAAUUAUCCGAUAUAUUCAAACGUGGCAGCUCGCCGGAUUAUAGAUACACUUAAUAAUGCCAAACAUAUUCAGAAAAUAAAGAAUAUGAGACCAUAUACUCCAUUUAGGCCUAAUAAAAACGCAUACCCAUAUAUUGGAGCAGGUCUUGCGCGUGGACGUGUCGACAUGUCCUUACCACAAUUACCAUCUGUACCAUUAGUCAAACCACCGCAGGGACCUAUUAGCGUCAAUAAAAUUCCAACACAAAAUCUCAAUGAAGGCGAUGAUAGCGAACAAAGUGCGCAAAGUACGCAGAGUGCUCAGAGCGAACAGGAUGUCCUCACACAAGAAACUCCAGUUUUAAGACCAGUACCUGAAAAACAGAAGCCAGCAACACCCACAGUUGUAACUGUUUUAAAAAAAUUAAUUGAAGAGACUAAAGCAAAGAAAGCCGAUGAAAGCGAGAGUACGAAUAAUGAGGAAAGAAAAAUUCAAGAAAAUAAGAAAAUUCUCAAGGAACUUGUAAGAAAACUGGAUGGUCUACAAUGUAAAGAAGAUGAUAUCUACCCGGACUAUAAAGAUUGUAAAUACUAUUAUAAGUGCAUAGACAAAUCUGACAAAAAUGAAUUUGAGCGUUUGCAGUGCGAUGAUGAUGAACGUUUCGACAAAAACGAGAUGAAGUGCGUUGACAAGAAAAAAGCCAAAUGCUUAAAGCAAAAUGAAUUACUAGAAACUAUUAAAAACCUAAAAAAUUACAUUGAUGAAUUGCAAUCAGAUUGAAACUAAUUUGAAUUAAAAAUAGUUAAAUUAGUCAGAUAAAUUAGA